AUGACCAGGGAACUCGUCACAGCCGUGCCGGAGAACGUGCGGAAGCAUCUGCCUCCUGCACCAUCUUACAAUCGUAUCCACUUCGAACUCUCCGGAUCGGAACCACCUCAACCGAAGAUUAACCUUGGGUCCAUCUACGGCGCCGGUAUCCGUGGCCUCGUCAACAAUUGGGUCGACUACCCUUUUAGUAUCCAUGAUGAUCCGCCGCCGUACCUUGAAAGAGACCGGGACCAAGAGGUGGCUGGUGUAGCCUCGAAGAGUAGCUCAGGGCCAGAGCUGUACUGGAAGACAUCUCCAGUCCAGGCUACCCUCUUGCACGAAGCUGUCAGUUCUCAGGCUGUCACCACGGCUAAACGAAAGCAGGCUGAAGCAGCAUCUUCGUCAUCAGACGAGGGAGCUGUAGUCCACAAGCACCCACGUCAGGCUACUUCUGAUUCGGAUUCAGAGCCUGACCGAGGUGGCCGGAUGGCAGCUUUUCAAGCACAGCUGGCUCUUGCUCAGGAGCUGUCCCCUACCGAGGCAGAUCCAGAGUCCACACCACCAGACGAAUUGCAUUACAAAAUGGUUCAUUUCAUUCUCUACGCCCUCCGGCGGGACGGAGAUGCGAUAGCCAAUUACGCGAAGGACUUCAUCGAAAUGGGCCACAACGUCAAUGCUCGGGAUGACAGGGCCUUCCGCGCGGUUAAGCACCGAUGCUACAACUCCCUGGCUACUCAGUCUGCCCGCCGUGGGUUUCGCAUCCUGUCGACGCCGACGCCGGACCAGAUCAGCCACCAAGUCAAGAUGCUGCUGGAGUGGUUGGACGACGCCAUCUCUGAAGAGGCCUACGCUCUGGUUGACCGCCAUUAUGCUUGCUUGGCCGAAAUGGCUGCACAAGCUGAAGAAGGUAGUAGAUUCGUGCAAGAGGAGUUUGAGAUACGCAAGGCUGACUUCUACGCGGCGGCGUUUUGUGUGGCUGAUGGGAUCAAGCGUGGUUGUCCGAGGAGGCCGUCAAUUCUUUGUGUAGAGGUCAUCCCUCGUCUUUCUCAAGCAUACAGCUCUUUUAGAUGA